AUGGCUCCCCCAAAGGCACAGGACGCAAUUGCGUCCGCAGAGGAGCCGGUCUCGUCGCCUCCGACUCCGGACCACCGCAAUUCCACGUCGUCUAUGAGCAGGAUGGUUCAAGAUGCCAAGGCGGCCACUGAUAAGGAACAGAAGAUGACAUUGUUACAAGGCAUCAAAACCUAUCCCAAGGCCGUGGCUUGGAGUGUGCUUAUCUCUACGUGUAUAGCAAUGGAGGGCUACGAUAUCAGUCUCGUGAACAAUUUCUACGCGUUUCCGGCCUUCAAUCACAAAUACGGUGAGCAGAUGACAGAUGGCUCAUACCAAGUACCAGCUCAGUGGCAAUCGGGUCUUAGCAAUGGUGCCUACGCCGGAGAAAUCAUCGGUCUCUUUAUCAAUGGAUGGGCUUCGGAACGCUUCGGAUAUCGAUAUACCCUUAUAGCUUGUCUGCUUUUGGUCUGCGCGUGGACCGCCAUCUUUUUCACAGCCCCCAACGUCCAAGCCCUGCUCGCCGGUGAAAUCCUCUGCGGCAUCCCAUGGGGUGUCUUUCAGACCCUCACCGUCACCUACGCAUCCGAAGUCUGCCCUGUCGCCCUUCGAGGGUAUCUGACAACCUACGUAAAUUUCUGCUGGGGUCUCGGACAAUUGAUUGGCAUCGGCGUGAUCACGUCGAUGUUACCUCGGAAUGAUCAAUGGGCAUACCGGAUACCGUACGGGUUGCAGUGGAUGUGGCCGGUUCCACUGAUAAUAGUGAUCUUCUUCGCCCCCGAGUCACCAUGGUGGCUUGUUAGGAAACAUAGGACCGAUGAUGCUAAGCACUCGCUGCGACGUUUGACCAGCCUCAAAAAAGAUUCUGACUUUAACGCCGAGGAAACCGUGGCCAUGAUGGUCCACACGACCGCGCUGGAAGAGAAAAUCACAAAGGGAGCCAGUUAUUUGGAUUGCUUCAGGGGAACGGACCUGCGCCGGACGGAAAUCGUCUGCAUGGUCUGGGCCAUCCAGAACCUGAGUGGGAAUUCAUUCUCCAAUUAUUCGACUUACUUCCUGGAACAGGCGGGAUUGGCUACGUCCAACGCGUAUGCAUUUGCUAUGGGACAAUACGGAAUCAACAUGGUGGGCGUGUUCGGUUCCUGGCUCCUCAUGACUAUGGGAAUUGGCCGACGCUCCCUAUACCUAUACGGCCUUUGCGGUCUCUGCGCCAUGCUCUUCAUCAUGGGAUUCCUAGGCCUUGUCCCAGAAGCCCACCGAAGCGAGGCAUCCCUUGCCACAGGCUCCAUGAUGCUUGCCUGGGCUCUUUUCUACCAACUAACAGUAGGAACAGUCACCUAUUCUCUAGUGGCAGAACUCUCCACCCGCCGCCUGCAGAUCAAAACCGUCGUCCUGGGCCGCGCCCUCUUCAACAUCGUCGCCAUCGUCUGCGGCGUACUAACCCCCUACAUGCUCAACCCGGGCGCCUGGGACUGGGGCAAUUACGCCGGCUUCUUUUGGGGCGGCGUUUGCUUCUGCUGCAUCGUAUAUACAUUCUUCCGCGUCCCGGAACCCAAGGGCCGCUCGUUUGCGGAACUCGACAUGCUCUUUGAGCGGAAGGUCAAUGCGCGCAAAUUUGCGCAUACACAGGUCGAUGUCUUUGGUGAGACUAUCCAGGGCCAGGUUGUCGAUGAGUAUCAGACUCAAAAGGCGGCAAGGACGGAUGUGGCUCAGUUGGAGAAGGAGGCUGAGUCUCCGAACUCGAUGAAUCCGACGAAAUGA